AUGAGUUUAUCAAUGGAAGAAAUAAAAACUGCCGCCAAGAAGAUAACUACUUCCGGUGAAAAGACGCAUUAUAAUUCGAUUAUCACGUUGAUGAAUGUAUUGAAUGAAAUUUCAAUUGAAAAUCAAAGUAGGUUUCAAGAAGACGAUACUUACGAAGCCAAAUUCAGAUUUUUGAUUGUAUCAUUGUUCCAAAUUUUCAAAAAGUUGUUUGAUCGUGGUGAUCUAACGAAUCAGAAAUCACCAAGUCCGGAAAUAUUAAAAUUUAAUCAAUGGUGUAAGAAGAUUUACGAAAAUUUUAAGACAAAACUAGCUUAUAUAAUUUCCGAGUUAACCAUAGAAACAUCCUUGAGUUUAGAUGCCCAGGAUUUAUAUUUGCAACUGUUAGAAUUAGAAUCGACAUAUUUUGCAUCCCAGAAGGAUGCACCUUUUUUUCCAAAUAAGACUUUAAGAAAAUUGAUCGUGGCUCUAUGGAAUUCUGAUGUGCCAAAUUCCAUUAAUAAUAAUGGUGAGUCAAAUAAUUACAUUCUAGUAGAAUUUUUGAAAAAAUAUUAUAAAGCUUAUGCUGACAUUCAGUACUAUUUUCAAUUAGAGUUAGGGGAACUGUUGUCAGAAAAUGAUUAUUACAAGUCUCAAAAGAGUAUCUCGAAAUGGCUCACCAUAGCGAAUCAUGACACACAUUGUUCUUUGGAUACCGCUGAUUUCGAAGUAUUUGUUGCAAAUCCUCCUCAAGCUAUUGAAAAUAUCUCUAAAUUCAAGUCAACUAUGGAAAAAAAUUGGCUAGCUGUCUUGAACGGUGAUCUCUCUAUAUCACAGUACAAGACUAUUCUAUUAGUCCUUCAUAAAAGAAUCAUACCACAUUUUCAUACUCCUACUAAAUUAAUGGAUUUCCUUACUGAUUCUUAUGAUUUGCAAUCAAUUGAAAAUAGUGAGGUCAUUCCACUUCUAGCAUUAAAUGGUCUUUUCGAAUUGAUGAGAAAAUUCAACUUAGAGUAUCCAAAUUUCUUCCUAAAAUUGUACAAAUUAAUCAAUAAUGAUUUGAUGCAUGUGAAAUACAGAGCAAGAUUUUUUAGAUUAAUGGAUCUCUUUCUUUCAUCUACCCAUCUUUCUAUCAAUUUGGUCGCCUCCUUCAUAAAGAAACUAGCACGACUAUCGUUAACAGCGCCACCUGGUGCCAUAGUGAGUAUCAUUCCAUUUAUUUACAACUUAUUGAAGAAGCAUCCAAAUUGUAUGAUUAUGAUACAUAACCCCAAAUUCAUUAAUGAUCCAUUCAGGACAGAUUCUCAGGAACUGACCAAACUAAAACAGGAAUAUACCGACCCAUUUAAUAUGGACGAAGAAAACCCUGAAAUCACAAAUGCAAUCAACUCAUCACUUUGGGAAUUAGAAGCUUUGAUGGAUCAUUACCAUCCAAACGUGUCAACUUUAGCAAAAAUAUUUGGUCAGCCAUUCAGAAAACUGAAUUAUAAUAUGGAGGAUUUCUUAGAUUGGAGCUAUGAUUCUUUACUGACUGCCGAACAAACGAGAAAGUUGAAGGUUCUACCAAGUUUAGAGUAUGAAAAGUGGGAUUUAGCCCUUGUCAAUGGUAUAAAUAGCGGAGAACAUGGGAAGGAUAAUAAAUCCGUCUUCUUGGAUAAUAUUGCAUGGUGA